ACUGCCUCGCUUCUGUGCUUCCUACCUAACUUGACAGCCUGUUAACCUGAUGUUGGAAGCGUACCCCGUCGCUUCCGUUGUUGCUGAUUCGACAGUAUCUGUUUGAUCUGUGACACUGUUAGACCUGGAUUUUAUGAGAGCCAAUUAUAAUUCGCCCAUGACUUUACAACGCUCUUUAGCGACUAUUACAUCACACCAUCAGCCUUACGGACCCGAAUUUGUUCAGUUCAUCAACGCCAACAUUAACGAGACCGGCUAGAUGUCUGCUCCAUCUAUCCCAAAUCUUCUCUCGCUUCGAGGCUCUAGAGGAGGGGGUUUCCGGGGUCGCGGCCGUGGACGAGGAGGCCAUUCGCAGUCUGCAGCGAUUAGUCAUGAUACUACUAUUCAAGGCACCGAUACAGAUGCCGCCGUGUCGCGCAUGAGCGCAGUCGACCUCGGCUACCUGCAAGACCCAUUUGCACAAUAUUUUGUCCAGAACACAGUCGGCGGCACCGUCAGAAGGCUGCCUAUCAUAAAUCGAGGGACUUAUACCCGGACUACCGCUCUGGAUGGACUAAUAUCCUCAUUCUUGGCUGGUACUGCAACAAAGGAACGGCAAAUUAUCUCACUUGGUGCUGGCACAGACACGAGAUGUUUUAAACUGUUCUCUCAGCCCCAGGAAACCGGUCUUAUCUACCAUGAGAUCGACUUCCCUGCAAUUUCCACCAAGAAACUAAACCUUGUGAAUGCUGUGCCGCAACUUAGGUCUAUCAUUACUAAUCCACAAGCCGAUACCAACAGCUGGAAAAGUUCAAGUCUACAGAAUAAUUGCCAAUAUCGGUGUCACGGAUUAGACUUGAGAGAUCUACUCAAGGAUGAUGUACAAUCACUCGAUGGUCUCCGUACAGAUGUUCCAACUGUUUUGAUCUCAGAGUGUUGUCUAUGUUAUCUAGAGACUUCAGAGGCUCAAGGGGUGAUCAAGUACUUCACCGAGAAGAUUCCAAACUUAGCCAUCAUCAUCUACGAGCCAAUUCACCCGAACGAUUCUUUCGGUAGGCAGAUGGUGUCUAACUUGGCAGCGCGACGGAUUCGCAUGCCGACGCUAGAUGCCUAUCAAGAUUCCGCCAAACAGCAAUCCCGGCUGAAGGAUGCAGGCUUUGAUUCGGUAAAGAGCUCUACCAUAGGGGAUAUAUGGCGGAGAUGGAUUGCGGAGGGGGAGAAAGAAAGGGUUGAUGGUCUAGAGGGGUUAGAUGAAGUUGAGGAAUGGAACCUCUUGGCAGAUCAUUAUAUCGUGUCUCGAGGCUGGAGAGGAGACGGAUUUCAAGCGUGGGAAAGUGGAUUGUGAUGGGAAUGAGGAAUAAGUCGAUGAACAUGCUGAGAAGUAUUUAUUAGUCUCCUCUGCCACCAUAAGAGCUAAGGAAUAGAAAGCAUCUGGCUUUGUAGUCCAUUCAAAAAUACCAACAUGAUAUUCAAUGUA